UACGCGCUUAUAUUGAAUCUCCGUGCUGACUUACGCAUGAACUUCAACAAAACGCAAAAGUUAUAAAUGUGAACAAUAGUGAAAUCAUUGUUUAUUGAUGUAGACUUUUUAUGUGUAUAAUAGAAAAACUUAGAAUAGUUACUUCUUAAUAAAUACAGCUUUGACAAGAAAUUAUCAAGUGGAGUUUGAUGUGAAAACAUCAUAAAACUGGUAUUUGAAUACGUAUGACGAAACAUGGAGAGCGCAGGCAACAAUACCACAUUAUAUGACGACAUUUUCUAUCCAAGUGAACUCACACUACAAAGGGAGUUCAGUGACGCCAAAGAAAUCAUAACAAGCAACAUUAUAAUAGCAUGGCCUAUAGAAAAAUGUAUAGAAAUGCUUCACAUAAAUAACUCUAAGACUGAAGACUAUACGAACCGCACAUUUGUAUAUAAUGGAACACACUUGAGGUGUUUAGAUCAUGCCCCAGUUUUGACUAAGAGCACUAUAAUUAGAGCUAGUGUUCUUGUUGCAAUGGCCAUAUUAUCUCUUUUUGGUAAUAUAGCUACCAUAGUAAGUUUGAAAAGAGGGAAACGUAGCAGAGGAAGAGCCAGACCCUCGUGGACAGCUAUCUACAGUCUCAUAUUUCAACUCAGUAUAGCUGAUCUCCUUGUAUCUAUAUUUUGCAUAGCUGGUGAGGCUGCAUGGUUUUUAACAGUACAAUGGUAUGCGGGCAAUAUUGGCUGCAAGCUGUUUAAAUUUCUUCAGAUGUUUGCUUUGUACCUGAGUACAUUUAUAUUAGUUCUUAUUGGAGUAGAUCGAUGGCUUGCUGUAAAGUAUCCCAUGAAGAGUAUGGCUACAGCGACUCGGAGUGGAAGAUUAGUCAUUAUUGCGUGGACUUUAAGUCUUAUAUUAAGCAUACCUCAGACUGUAGUAUUCCGAGUGGCAAAAGGACCAUUUGUUGAGGAUUUUUAUCAAUGCGUCACUCACGGUUUCUACACAGAGAGAUGGCAAGAACAAGCUUAUACAACACUGUCGUUAAUCUUUAUGUUUGUACUACCAUUACUCAUCCUUGUGUCUACUUAUGUAUCGACAGUAAGAACUAUAGCAAAGAGCGAGAAAGUAUUUCAACCUGAAGUAAUACGACAGGAGAAGUAUCUAACUCCCGAUAUGAACAGACGAAGACUCAUCGAUAGAGCUAAAAUGAAAUCUCUAAGGAUGUCUGUCGUAAUUGUAGCAGCUUUUAUCGUUUGGUGGACUCCAUAUUAUAUUAUGAUGAUCAUAUUUACAUUUCUUAAUCCUGAUAAAGAUCAAAGUGAAGAACUUUUAUCGGGAAUAUUCUUCUUUGGCAUGUCGAAUAGUCUAGUCAAUCCAGUUAUAUAUGGCGCCUUCCAUCUGUGGCCGAAGAAAAAGCUAUCCAGACAUAGCGACAGAGAAUCCGGCGGCAACCAAGCUUCUCUGUUGCGUCGCGGUGACCAUACAUCCUCAGUGAGAUUAACCACAAUACGAUCAUUAAGGUCUUCAGCAAAAUAUUCAAAUGGACAAAACGUAAGUCUUUUAUAACAAGCGAGGGAAGUGAAUAAACAGAAUCGGAUUUAUAGUGGACAUUACCUCGAAAUGCAAAGUGGUAUUAGAAACAGACAUGUGACGUGUGUUGUUUGUACGGGCAGGAAAGCUUCUAAAUACAGACACGAUGUAGAUAUGUAUGUGUAGAUUAUUUAAGAUUCUAACUAUAUCAAUCUAAUGUAUAUAAUGUAUUUAUGGUUACUGUUUUUUUUUUUAAUUUAAAAAAUGGAGAUUAGUAGUACCGUCAUUAAAAUGUUGUUUUUUU